AUGAUCGACGCCAUGAAUCACGCCGUCGCCGUGGCGAAGCAACACAAGCCGGUCAAGGCUGACCCUAAACUGAGGCAAGCAUUUGGCGAGAACAACGCUAAUCUAUACCAGCCCGGUCACGUGUGGAUAUUUGGAGGUGGCAACGGCAUGAAGAUGCAGUGCAAGAACGCCUGUGGCAAUGGAAAUUGGAAUGGUAAUGAUAUGACAAACAUCAUUGACCGUCUGACUAGCCAAAUCAUGCUCUUCGGCGACAUGAACGCCCAAUUCGCCCUGUAUAACAACCAGAACGAUAGGGUCUAUGCCAGAUGCAAGAUGACCUUUCUACGCGGUGCAUCAGAUACUUGCCCCGAGUUUAUCACCGGACAAGGUUGCAAUUUUUAA